GUUCGAGUAGCAAUAGAUUUUAUGGUCGGAAUAUCGACACAGAAUUUAUAACAUUUGUAUUAUUUUAUUUGCAUUUUCUGUUGUAAAUUGUGUCGAUCCAGUCCGCAGAAUUCAAAAUUAAAUGUUGCGUAAAUAUUUGUCGACCCACAAAGCAAAAGAGGAGAGUGGCGGCGUCCCACAGACGACAACUGCCGGCCCAUCUGCUGGUAAUGUGGCCAAUGCCACGACAGCUUUAGCCGGUGGUAAGAGCUCAAGCAAUAAUAUGUAUUCCACCCGCCAAUCUGUAAGCACCACAACCGGUGUACUUAUGGUCGGACCAAAUUUUCGUGUCGGUAAAAAAAUUGGCUGUGGUAAUUUUGGCGAAUUGCGUUUAGGUCGUCGAAUGUGUUGCUUUGGUGGGCGUGGCACUGCCGAGAACAGUGGGGCAGGAAAAAAUCUUUACAACAAUGAACAUGUAGCAAUAAAAAUGGAGCCUAUGAAGUCAAAGGCUCCGCAACUACACUUAGAGUAUAGGUUUUAUAAACUAUUAGGAUCACAUGCCGAAACCGCCCCAGAUGGCAUACCACGCAUUUAUCACUUGGGCACUUGCGGUGGCCGUUACAAUGCCAUGGUUUUAGAGUUAUUGGGAUUGUCAUUAGAAGAUCUCUUCAAUAUUUGCGCCCGUAAAUUUUCACUUAAGACUGUAUUGAUGAUAGCAAAACAACUUCUCCACCGGAUCGAAUAUGUUCAUAGUCGGCACUUAAUAUAUAGGGAUGUGAAACCAGAGAACUUUCUCAUUGGCAGAACGUCAACAAAACGUGAAAAAAUUAUACACAUAAUUGAUUUCGGUUUGGCCAAAGAAUACAUUGAUUUAGAUACAAAUAGGCAUAUACCAUAUCGGGAGCAUAAGUCCCUAACCGGCACCGCACGCUAUAUGUCAAUCAAUACGCAUAUGGGGCGCGAGCAGUCGCGACGCGACGAUCUGGAAGCAUUGGGUCAUAUGUUUAUGUAUUUCUUAAGAGGUUCACUGCCGUGGCAAGGCCUUAAGGCUGAUACACUCAAGGAGAGAUAUCAAAAAAUCGGUGAUACGAAACGAGCAACGCCCAUUGAGGUGCUCUGCGACGGACAUCCGGAAGAGUUUGCAACAUACUUGCGUUACGUACGGCGGUUAGAUUUCUUCGAAACGCCCGACUAUGAUUUUCUGCGAAGACUGUUUCAAGACUUAUUCGAACGUAAGGGCUACACCGACGAGGGCGAGUUCGACUGGACAGGGAAGACAAUGACGAAGGAGCAGCUGGAUCAAAUGAAGGUCAUUAAGAAUGCGCCACCGUCGCAUUUGGCAAAGAACAAGUCAGAUAAGUCAACGCCCGUCGGAUCUCUGCAAACUGGCCAUGAAGUCAUCAUUUCACCAAAUAAAGAUCGGCAUAAUGUUACGGCUAAGGAUGUUUCAUAUUUUGAUUUUGAUGACGAUAAUGAGAAUGAAGAAUAUAUCAUACUUCAGACAAAUGCCAAAGGAGGUGUUGCUGCGUGGCCUGAUGUGCCAAAGCCGGGGGCAACACUGGGCAAUCUAACGCCGGCCGAUCGGCAUGGCUCAGUGCAGGUUGUGAGUUCGACGAAUGGCGAACUAAAUCCGGACGAUCCCACUGCCGGACACUCAAACACGCCCAUCACACAGCAGCCUGAAGUCGAAGUUGUCGAUGAAACAAAUGGUUCCUUAUAUUCCAGAUGUUGUUGUUUCUUUAAACGAAAGAAGAAGAAAUCGACGCGCCAAAAAUGACUAGACGGUGUACAAUGUAGUCCGGAACGCGAGGCAGUCACCCUGCUGCGCGCCACUUCACAUUCAAACUCACGGGAUAGCGUAUUGAAUAAUCCGAGUCAGGAUUACAUCCAGCAGGCAACGUCGCAGCACACGUUGCGUUAUCCUCCAUCCGCGUCGAUGCUGACGCCCACACCAACUACAAACACACCGACACUUCCGUUGUAAUUUAUAUAAAUAUAAAAAAAAAAACAAACACACUACAAACCCCUACAAACAAAACAU